CGCGGCCUUCUCCACGCGGCCUUCCCAACGCGGCCUUCAGUGCGGCCAGUCAACAACCAUGUUGUUGACACGGUUCAAACACCUCUCUAAAUGAUCCCAAUUUUGCCGUGAAUCGUACUGCAAACCACGCUCUUUUUUCUCACUCUCAGCUGAUAGCGCUAGCCCGCUCAAUGUACAGAUGAUACAGUUUGUUAGCAGAAACGCUGCGCCACCAAACCUUGAAGCCCGGUGAUCGUAGUGAUUGUGAUCUCCACCACUCACCAUGAACUUUUGCGGAACCGGGUACAAACAGUGAGCGAGAGCAGUUGGGUGAUGAUGUAUUUACCUUUUUUUUGGGUAGUUUUUGGAAUACUUUAGAUCUCCCUCCCACAGCUGAGGAUGCCACCUAACUACCUCCUACCCCGUAGUGACGCUAAUUAACGGUAAUGUCCACACCACGGCUAAUGGUUUCUUCCGAUCGGAUGGUUGGGAAGCGCAAUUCAUCGCGAGGGCAAUUGGCCCGCGGACCGAUCAGUUGAUGUGCACAAUUCGCACCGUACGGCAGCAAUGUUCGACUACCUUAUCCAGCUAAUGUGCCAAUAUGUAUUCCUUCGGGAACUGUUUGAAUUGAACUGUGACAUACAGCAGCUGAAAGCGGUCGAUCCGAACUAUGGCGUGACGUGGAUGUUUAUGCCGGACGAUCAGGGCACGCCGAUCAUUGUCGACCUAACGGAACCGAACGAUACUAGCACGGACCAGCGAAGAAACAGUAGGAUUCAUGAGGAUGUUACCUUUUACUACUAUCGACAAUCCACAAUCAACUCCCCGAGCUCGUUUCGCUUCAUCAAUGAUCCAGCGGCACCGUUGGCCCUGAACAAAUCCUACGAUCCAACGCUGCCCACAAAGUUCGUCAUACACGGCUGGAAGAACUCGAUCGUUAGCCCCGUGUCGCAGAACAUCAAAAACAGCUAUCUUCGGCGAGAGGAUAUGAAUGUGAUCGUGGUCGACUGGGGACCGCUAGCAUCGGACACCCUGUACUUCCGGGCGGCGUCAUCAACGCGGGACGUCGGACGACACGUCGGUGGACUGAUCGAUCGUAUGGUGGCGGAGCGUGGUACAAACCUGAACGAUCUACACAUCAUCGGCCACAGUCUCGGUGCCCACACGUCCGGGUUUGCGGGUCAAUCGAUCCGUAGCGGCAAGGCGGCACGUGUUACCGGGCUAGAUCCGGCACUGCCCGGCUUCACCGACCAACAGCCCGACAAGCUGCUCGACCCGAGCGACGCUCAGUUUGUGGACGUGAUGCACACGUGUGCGGGCAUGCUUGGGCACGAUCGAAACCUAGGCCAUGUGGACUUUUGGCCCAAUGGUGGCCGUGUCAAUCAGCCCGGUUGCGGCGGGAUCGACGAUUUUGUGGGAGCCUGCAGUCACGGACGUUCGUACGAGUUCUAUGCCGAGUCGGUUACCCGUCCAGCCGCCUUCAAAGCCUAUCCCUGUCGCAGUGCGGAGGAGUACCGUGAGGCAAAGUGCCGGUCCAAUUCGAUUCCGAUGGGUGAUGCUACGCCCAACACGGCCCGGGGCAAUCAUUUCCUGGAAACGAACGCCAAACCAGAGUACGGCAAAGGGUUCUAGGGAUUUUGCAUCGCUUCUCGCCAUUCCAUGACGUUACAUGUUUAUCUGGCCCCUGUUUUUGUUUAGCGUUUAAUCGAAGACUGAACUCCACUCGUUAGUGCUGCCCAUGGUCCUGUUGGUUGGUUGAUUGGUUGGUUUGUUUUGUGGCACUGUUUAUUUGUGUUUACUAUAAUGUUUAAUUAAAUACAGUUGAUUUUUUU